AUUUAAUUAAAUCUGGAAAUAUAUUAAAAAUGUUGACAAAAAGAAAAAGAAAUAUAUUAAAAUGGCACCGUUUCGCUGGAGACUGCGAGGAGAUGGUGAGAAUCUCACUGCUUUUGUUGUGUCUACUGGUUUCAACUUGUCUCUUCACUUCUUCAUCAGCACAAGCUCCAGGUUUUGUGAGCUUGGAUUGUGGAGGUGCAGAGCCAUUCACUGAUGAACUUGGACUUAAAUGGUCACCUGAUAAUCAUCUUAUUUAUGGAGAAACCGCCAAGAUAUCGUCCCUUAACGAAACAAGAGCUCAGUACACGACUUUAAGGCAUUUCCCUGCUGAUUCAAGAAAGUAUUGCUACACUCUCAAUGUCACGAGUAGAAAUAGAUAUCUCCUUAGAGCUACUUUCUUGUAUGGUAAUUUCGACAACAGCAACAAUGUCUAUCCCAAAUUCGAUAUCUCCCUCGGGGCGACUCAUUGGGCGACCAUUGAAAUCUCUGAAACCUAUACAAUCGAAACGGCAGAACUAGUGUUUCUGGCUUCUACUCCUAGUGUCAGCGUUUGUUUGUCGAAUGCCACAACUGGACAGCCGUUUAUAUCUACCCUUGAGCUUAGGCAGUUGAAUGGUUCGAUGUAUUCCACUGGAUAUGAAGACCGGUUUUACCUGAGUGUUGCAGCACGGAUAAAUUUCGGGGCUGAAAGUGAAGCUUCUGUGAGGUACCCGGAUGAUCCGUAUGAUAGACUAUGGGAAUCUGAUUUGCAUAAGAAGCCUAAUUAUCUUGUGGAUGUUGCUGCUGGGACUGUGCGAGUGUCGACUACAUUGCCAAUCGAAAGCAGUGUCGAUGACAGACCGCCUCAGAAGGUUAUGCAGACGGCUGUGGUUGGAACAAACGGGUCCUUAACUUACAGAAUGAAUCUAGAUGGCUUCCCUGGCUCUGGUAGGGCAUUCACAUACUUUGCUGAAAUCGAGGAUUUGGCUGACGACGAGUCAAGGAAGUUCAGAUUAGUUCUACCUGAUCAUCCUGAGUUUAGCAAAGCCGUUGUUAACAUCAAGGAAAAUACGCAGAAACCGUAUCGUGCUUAUGAACCUGGAUAUCCUAACAUAACACUUCCAUUUGUGCUGAGUUUUAAAUUUGCCAAAACGGCUGAUUCUUCUAGGGGACCCAUUCUGAAUGCCAUGGAGAUCUGCAAAUAUCUGCGGAAAAGCGAUGGUUCAAUAGAUGCAACUGUUAUGGCUAAUGUGGCAUCUCUCUAUUCUUCCACUGAAUGGGCUCAAGAAGGUGGUGACCCUUGUUCACCCUCACCGUGGUCUUGGGUGCAAUGCAAUUCGGAUCCACAACCAAGGGUUGUUGCUAUCAAGCUGUCGAAUAUGAACUUGACGGGAAAUAUACCUUCUGACCUGGUGAAAUUGACUGGUUUGGUUGAGUUGUGGCUUGAUGGGAAUUCUUUUACGGGUCCAAUACCGGAUUUCUCUCGGUGUCCAAACCUGGAGAUAAUACACCUCGAGAACAACCGACUAACCGGAAAGAUCCCUUCCUCGUUGGCGAAACUUCCAAACCUGAAGGAACUGUACCUGCAGAAUAAUUUGUUAUCAGGAACAAUACCAUCAGACCUGACCAAAGAUGUGAUCUCAAACUUCUCUGGGAACCUUAAUCUUGAAGAAAGUGGAGAUAAAGGGAAGAAACUCGGUGUCAUCAUCGGUGCAUCAGUUGGUGCUUUUGUUUUGCUAAUCGCAACCAUCAUUUCUUGCAUCUUCAUGUGCAAAAGCAAGAAGAAUAACAAGUUGGGAAAAACUUCGGCGGAGUUAACGAAUCGUCCCUUGCCGAUUCAGAGAGUGUCAUCUACCUUGAGUGAAGCUCAUGGAGACGCUGCACAUUGCUUCACACUUUAUGAGAUCGAGGAAGCCACAAAAAAAUUCGAAAAGAGAAUUGGGUCGGGAGGUUUUGGAAUCGUAUACUAUGGGAAAACAAGAGAGGGGAAAGAGAUUGCUGUAAAAGUUCUUGCAAAUAAUUCAUAUCAGGGAAAGAGAGAGUUUGCAAACGAGGUUACAUUACUCUCAAGGAUACAUCAUCGGAACCUUGUGCAGUUUCUUGGUUAUUGCCAAGAAGAGGGGAAAAACAUGCUUGUGUAUGAGUUCAUGCACAAUGGGACUUUGAAGGAGCAUCUUUAUGGGGUGGUACCGCGUGACCGGAGAAUCAGUUGGAUUAAACGGCUUGAGAUAGCUGAAGAUGCAGCCCGAGGGAUCGAGUAUCUUCACACAGGGUACUAUAUAUCGCAGCAGUUAACAGAGAAGAGUGAUGUAUAUAGCUUCGGAGUCAUUCUUCUUGAGCUAAUGUCUGGCCAAGAAGCCAUAUCGAAUGAAAGCUUCGGUGUCAACUGCCGGAACAUAGUCCAAUGGGCCAAGAUGCAUAUAGACAACGGGGACAUCCGAGGGAUCAUCGAUCCAGCACUAGCGGAAGAUGAUUACAGUCUCCAAUCAAUGUGGAAGAUCGCGGAGAAAGCGUUGCUGUGUGUGAAACCGCACGGGAACAUGAGACCAUCAAUGUCCGAGGUGCAAAAGGAUAUCCAAGACGCGAUUAGGAUCGAGAAGGAAGCGUUGGCCGCAAGAGGCGGAAUAUCGGACGAGUUUUCCCGGAGCUCGGCUCAUUCGUCAUCUCUCAACAUGGGAAUGCUUGACCUGGCUGGAUCACAGAAUUAUGUUUCCAUUGAUGAGUCUGUACUGCAGCCAACAGCUCCUCUUUCGAAAAUGGGUUUUGGUGGUUCGUUUGUGGGAAUCGAGGCUUAUGGUGAGGAUGAGAUCCCCGAAGCCUUGGAUGAAAAAUUGAUCGAAGACGGAAUGAUCAUGUACAACCCCAAAGGUUCAGUUAAUUUAAUGAUAGAGGACAUUACGAGCAUAGAAUGUAACUAUUCUGAUAAGCCACACAAUUUGAUGGUAAUCUCCAAAAAAAUCCCUGAAGACAAUGAGUCCAUGAGGGUUCUUUCGGCUUUGAAAUCCAGAGGUCGCAAUGUUCUGUUGGUACAGCCUGACGAUGAGGCCGCAUCAGAAAAGCUGUUUCUUACUCCAGAGUCCAUAUCUGACUGUACAAGAUAUUUAAAUGGAGAAAAGCCUAUAGACGAAAUUGUUGACUAUACUUCUUCUUGUACUAGCUGGGAAACUGAUACUGAUUAUUAUACUGAUACUGAGAAAGAGGAGUCCAAUGUUCUCUUGGUACAUGAUACUGAUACUGACAAAGAGGAGUCCAAUGUUCUCUUGGUACAGCCUCAUGAUGAUGUCGCAUCAGAAAAGUUGUUUCAUACUUCAAGCUCAGUAUCUGAUUAUACACGUCUAUUAGAUGGAGGAAAGCCUAUGGACCAAAGCAAAAUCAAAACAGCUCUUGAGGAAAAAGAAUAUUUAGGUGAGAUGACAAUAUGGGCUUAUGCUGACAAGAUAACGUUCUCGGUUGACUUAAUGGAUGAAUAUCGGAAAGCCAAAAUUUACUUUCUUCCCGGAGGUGAUAAGAAUGCGAGAUUUUAUAGGAUGAUACAUGACAUUCAAUUGUGGGAAAUAGAUACAUUACCUCUGAGGUAUUCUACAGAAUCAAAUGUGAUCGUCAUCUCAAACAACAUCCCAGGUGACAUUGACUUCAUCGAAUGUCUUAAAUGUUCAGCUUCGAGAGGUUACAAUAAUCUCUUAGUACAGCCUAAUGAGGCUGCACCCGAAAAGCCUGAAACCUCAGAAUGGCCAAGAUACUUAUUACAUGGAGGAAAGCCUAUCGGUUUUUUUCUUUCUGAGAUGGCGGAGUCGCAAGCCAAGAGUCCCGGAGGCUGUGGAAGCCAUGAGAGUGGUGGAGAGCAAAGUCCGAGGUCGUUACAUGUUCGUGAGCAAGAUAGGUUUCUUCCGAUUGCUAACAUAAGCCGUAUCAUGAAAAGAGGUCUUCCUGCUAAUGGCAAAAUUGCUAAAGAUGCUAAGGAGAUUGUGCAGGAAUGUGUCUCUGAAUUCAUCAGCUUCAUCACCAGCGAAGCGAGUGAUAAAUGUCAAAGAGAGAAAAGGAAGACCAUUAAUGGAGAUGAUUUGCUUUGGGCAAUGGCCACUUUAGGAUUUGAAGACUACAUGGAGCCCCUGAAGGUUUACCUGAUGAGAUAUAGAGAGGGUGAUACAAAGGGAUCAGCAAAAGGUGGGGAUGCAAAUGCAAAGAAAGAUGGGCAAUCAAGCCAAAAUGGCCAGUUCUCGCACCAAGGCUCUUUCUCGCAAGGUCCUUAUGGGAACUCUCAAGCUCAGCAGCAUAUGAUGGUUCAAAUGCCGGGAACAGAUUAGUAUGAGAGGAGUAUUCAACUUUGGCAUGUUCCACCAAAAGAGGUUAAUCUUAUCUGUAUAUUAUUUGUGCUGUGUAAGAGUUUUGCUAUGCACAACUGUGACAAUAAUCAUCUCAUUGUUCUGUUUUUUAUUUCCUUGAAUUUGUUCUGAAUAUGUCAUCAAUUCAGUCUAUUUUUAUAUUUGGUUUGUUGAUUAUUUCAUCAUAAACGUUUCAACAUCGGUCUAAAGAAUGAAUACAAAUUUGGAAC